UGACAUCACCAGAAACGUGUUAAAAUGUUAUUGUCAGAGGUUUCUUAAUCUUUUCUCGUUGCUACUUUGCGCAUUUGGACACGUUGGUAAUCCACUACUGUGAAUGAAGGUAAACAUGAUGGCAGCGAAAGGGGUGUGAAGUGCGGACUUGGCUUGAGACCAGCAACAGAUAGGCUACUUUCUGCUGGCUUCAGUCACACACGUCCCCGGUGAAAUGCAUCAAUGUUACCAACUGCGAUUUCCUCCGAUCAUCCUAACUGCGUUCGUCGUGAAAAAAAGAAGUCCAAACCGGAGUGAUGCCAAAUGACUGAAGCUUUUCCGACGCAUUUGAAGAGCAAACGUAGACUUUCCCUUUCAUGAAGUGCGCUGUCCAUGGAAUGCAGUGAGCGUUAGAUUACCAGAUUUCGCACCCGAGGCAAUUCCACCUAUACGUCUUCGCCGAAAACCUACGAGGAAUGCUGGGGGCUCUGAAAUCAAGAUUGUUUGGUGUACUUUCUUUGCCAGUUCUUAUAACGUUUGUUUGUUGCGCGCAAAGCGCAAACGAGCCGGGCAAUAUGUCAUUUGUGAAAGAGACAGUGGACAGACUACUCAAGGGGUAUGACAUCCGCCUUCGACCAGACUUCGGUGGUGCCCCGGUUGCUGUUGGAAUGAGCAUAGAUGUGGCGAGCAUAGACAUGGUGUCCGAGGUCAACAUGGACUACACGUUGACCAUGUACUUCCAACAGUACUGGAGGGACAAGAGGCUGGCCUACAUGGGGAUCCCCCUCAACCUGACGCUGGACAACCGCGUGGCUGACCAGCUCUGGGUGCCAGACACCUACUUCCUGAACGACAAGAAGUCCUUUGUGCACGGGGUGACGGUGAAGAACCGCAUGAUACGACUUCAUCCGGAUGGGACGGUGCUGUAUGGCCUAAGGAUCACCACGACGGCAGCGUGCAUGAUGGACCUGAGGAGGUACCCGCUGGACGAGCAGAACUGCACGCUGGAGAUAGAGAGCUAUGGUUACACCACAGAUGACAUUGAGUUCUACUGGAAAGGAGGAGACAACGCUGUGACUGGAGUUCAACGUAUCGAGCUGCCUCAGUUCUCUAUAGUGGACUACAAGCUGGUCUCUAGGAAUGUUGUCUUUUCCACAGGUGCCUACCCACGUCUAUCUCUGAGUUUUAAACUCAAACGAAAUAUCGGAUACUUCAUCCUCCAGACGUACAUGCCCUCGAUUCUCAUCACCAUCCUCUCCUGGGUGUCCUUCUGGAUCAACUAUGACGCUUCAGCUGCACGAGUAGCAUUGGGGAUUACGACUGUACUCACCAUGACUACCAUCAACACCCAUCUGCGCGAGACGCUCCCAAAGAUCCCCUACGUCAAGGCCAUCGACAUGUACCUGAUGGGCUGCUUCGUCUUCGUCUUCCUCGCCCUGCUGGAGUACGCCUUCGUCAACUACAUCUUCUUCGGCCGCGGCCCUCAGAUGCAGAAGAGGAUGGCCGAGAAGGCGGAGAAAGCCAACAACGAGCGCGCCAAAAUCGAGGCCAACAGGCCUGGCGCAGAGGGCGGUAAAACAGGCAAACAGUCCAAUCAGGUGCAAGGAAAACGGAUGACACGAGCGGCUGAAUCCCAUGGCAACAUCUUGCUAACCACCCUGGAGAUCCACAACGAGGUGGCAGGCAAUGAGGUCACCACGAGUCUGGCGGACGCGCGGAACUCGGUCACGUUCGAGACGUCGGGGAUCCAGUACCGGAAGCAGAGCGCGGCGGGGCGGGAGCACCGUGCGCCGGCCAAACGUGGCCGCCUCCGACGCCGCUCCUCGCAGCUCAAGAUCAAAAUCCCCGACCUGACGGACGUGAACACCAUCGACCGAUGGUCGCGCAUGAUAUUCCCCGGCGCUUUCUCCCUCUUCAAUCUCAUCUAUUGGCUUUAUUAUGUCAAUUAGAUCAAGGCGAGGGGUUGAAAGAUUGACUUAUUGUUUUUUUUGUUGUUUUUGAGAUUUUGUUUUAAUCAUUUGUUGUUGUUUUUUUUUUACUUUGCAUUUUUUUGCAAUUGAAUUGGACUUUUCUUGCUGAACAUGGACAAGGUUGUUGGUCCGCUCUGAGAACAUUUUUCUACAUGCAGGAGUUGACAAUUGGAGGACUGUUGACACCAGGAUUUCACAAAACCAGAUGGGCAUAUAUUUAAGCCAAGUUUGUGUUUUUUUCCCUAUAAAUGUUUCCGUUCUACCAAUUCUGAGUGGAGGAGUGAAAGAAUAUAUUCAGGAUCUUUUUUGAAGGGUAAAGUAAACACUAAAUGAUUGCCCAUGAGCAAUGUAAUGUAAGAAUGCAAUAUACUGUAUCUCAGUGAAAGUCUCACAAACACCACCAUAAUGACACCAGUUUUUAAAAUUGUGUGUUUGUGAAUGUACGGGUGUGUGUGUGUGUGUGUGUGUGUAUGUGUGUGUGUGUGUGUUAAAGUGUGGACACGAGUGUGUGUGUGUGUGUGUGUGGGUGGAUGUGUGUGUGUGUGUGGAUCCAUGUGGUAUUGCCCUUUCUCGUUUGUCCAUCAAAACUUCAAAACCAUAUAGUAAUAUCUCAUGUUGUUUUUUGCCUUUGGUGUGCAUGAGUUUUUAAAGUGCAAAUAUCGGCCACUGUACUGUUAAGUGGCACUGUAUAGGCAGUCUUUUAUUCUUUGAUAUGCAUUCACGACACUGAUGAUGCAAGUGAAUGCAAUUUUAUGAGUAUGUGUGCAAACUCUGAGGGGAGACUGUGAAUGAGUAUAUUUUAUGUUUUCAAAGAUUUUUUCCUGGAAUGUAAUGGAAAUGUUAUUGCAAUUAAUAUAACCAUUACAAUUAUAGAUUUGUAAAGGACACAAAAUCAUGUGUUAUUGUGUGAUAAAAUAUGUAUGGCUGAUUGACCUCUGUAAUGACAUCUCAGGACCUGGAUAAUUGUGUAUUGAUGUAUAUUUGAUGUCCCUUCCGUCAUUAAAAGCCGGAUCCAUUGA